UUCAGGGCCGGGACAUCCAGCAUUAGCCCGGCGGGACCUGAGGAGGUCAGCGGUCGAGGCGGCGGCAGGAGCAGCUCGGAGAUGCAGACCGCUCGGAUGACCCCGAGCGUGGGGUGGCAGUUGCUGAGGCUGGGAACGCGAAGCUCGAGACCCAGUGCCCUCCUGGGGCAGCCCGGGCCUGCCCCUGCCGGGCGACCUUAUGCCAGUGGCACGGCUCAGGCUGCUGUGGACAAGCCAGUUUCCCACUCCUCUGAUGCUUCCACCAGAGAAAAACCAGCCAAGGCGGAAUCCAAGUCCUUUGCUGUGGGGAUGUUCAAAGGCCAACUCACCACCGAUCAGGUGUUCCCAUACCCGUCUGUCCUCAAUGAAGAGCAGACACAGUUUCUCAGAGAGAUGGUGGGGCCUGUGGGCCGUUUCUUCGAGGAAGUGAAUGACCCUGCCAAGAAUGACGCCCUGGAGAAAGUGGAGGAGACUACUUUGCAGGGCCUUAAAGAGCUAGGGGCCUUUGGUCUGCAAGUGCCCAGUGAGCUGGGUGGUGUAGGUCUUUGUAACACCCAGUACGCUCGCCUGGCAGAGAUUGUGGGCAUGUAUGACCUUGGGAUAGCAGUUACCCUGGGAGCACAUCAAAGCAUCGGUUUCAAAGGCAUCCUGCUCUUCGGCACAAAGGCUCAGAAAGAAAAAUACCUCCCCAAAGUGGCAACUGGGGAGACUAUGGCUGCCUUUUGUCUAACUGAGCCCUCAAGUGGAUCAGAUGCUGCCUCUAUCCGAAGUUCAGCUGUGCCCAGCCCCUGUGGAAAAUACUAUACCCUCAAUGGAAGCAAGAUUUGGAUCAGUAAUGGGGGCAUGGCAGACAUUUUCACCGUCUUUGCCAAGACACCAGUUACAGAUGCAGCCACAGGGACUGUGAAGGAGAAGAUCACAGCUUUUGUGGUGGAAAGGGGCUUUGGAGGUGUUACUCAUGGGCCCCCUGAGAAGAAGAUGGGUAUCAAGGCCUCAAACACAGCAGAAGUGUACUUUGAUGGAGUGCGGGUGCCAUCAGAGAAUGUGCUAGGCGAGGUGGGGGGCGGCUUCAAGGUUGCGGUGCACAUCCUCAACAAUGGAAGGUUUGGCAUGGCUGCAACCCUUGCAGGCACCAUGAAAGCCAUCAUUGCCAAGGCAGUGGAUCAUGCUGCUAAUCGCACUCAGUUUGGGGACAAAAUUUGCAACUUUGGGCUGAUCCAGGAGAAGCUGGCCAAGAUGGCUAUGUUGCAGUAUGUGACUGAGUCCAUGGCGUACAUGCUGAGUGCCAACAUGGACCAGGGAUACACGGACUUCCAGAUAGAGGCCGCUAUCAGCAAAAUCUUUGGUUCGGAAGCAGCCUGGAAAGUGACCGAUGAAUGCAUCCAGAUCAUGGGGGGAAUGGGCUUCAUGAAGGAGCCUGGGGUGGAACGAGUGCUUCGAGAUAUUCGCAUCUUCCGGAUCUUCGAAGGAACAAACGACAUCCUUCGGCUGUUUGUGGCUCUGCAGGGCUGUAUGGACAAAGGAAAGGAACUCUCUGGGCUGGGCAAUGCCCUCAAGAAUCCUUUUGGGAAUGUUGGCCUCCUGCUGGGAGAGGCAGGCAAACAGCUGAGGAGGCGGACAGGGAUGGGCAGCGGCCUGAGUCUCAAAGGAGUUGUCCACCCAGAUUUAAGCCGAAGCAGUGAACUGGCAGUGCAGGCCCUGGAGCAGUUUGCCACUGUGGUGGAGACCAAGCUAAUGAAGCACAAGAAGGGAAUCGUCAAUGAACAGUUUCUGCUGCAGCGUCUCGCGGACGGAGCCAUUGACCUUUAUGCCAUGGUGGUGGUUCUCUCCAGGGCCUCCAGAGCCUUGAGUGAGGGCCAUCCCACGGCUCAGCAUGAGAAAAUGCUCUGUGACAGCUGGUGUAUUGAGGCUGCAGCCCGGAUCCAAGAAAGCAUGACUGCCUUACAGUUCAACCCUCGGCAGCAGGAUCUCUUCCGUAACUUCAAAAGCAUCUCCAAGGCCAUGGUGGAGCGUGGUGGUGUGGUCACCAGCAACCCCCUUGGCUUCUGAAUACUUCCAACCAGGGUCUGGCCUGGUUACGUGCCUUAUCUCAAGCCAAAACAUAGGCCACCUGUGUGCGGGCUCGGGUUCUCCCUAAGGGACUUGCGCUCCCAGCACUAGGUCUGCCCUCAGGAGCACUCACUGCCUCAAGAAUAAACGUUCUAACAAGC